AUGAUCGAAUUGCGUCAGAGGUACGACGCCAUGUCGCUUGAGGAAUUACAGCAAGAGAUCCAGAAUUUCGGACUGGAUCCCCCAGAGGCGCGUGACGAGUGCAUCGCGCAGAUCACGUCGCACUUACAAAAGAAUGGACCUCUGCUCGACUUCACAGAGGAUAACACACAUGGAGAGACAUCGUCUUCUCUAGGUUAUUCCGCGUCCCAGAUCUAUAGGGACAGCGGCGUUGCUUCGCUCAUUCAACCAGGCAAUAGGCAACUUCAAGGAUCAGCACCUGAUGCCGCUUUCACACAACUUCGCCAACUCAUGGCUCAAGAAAUGGUGAAACUUCAACAGGCUCAAGCAGCCCAACAAGCUCAAGUAAGCCAGCAGCAAGAAAUGUUGAAUAAAAUCAUGGCAGCCGUCAACAGGAACUCUACAGAAAACCAAGGUCCUGCCGGUCAACCAAUCUCUUCGCUUGUCCAGAAUGUUGUCGGGUCUAAUCCCCUUCCAGCGAGCACCACGCUUCAAGCCCCGCAAUCAGCGGAGACCCCUUCAAUGGCAUCCAUGAAUGCCUCAAGAUUUUUGGUCUCACAAAUCCCACAAUUUGGUGGGACGGAGGAUGAGGACGUCGAACUCUGGAUCGAGAAGAUCGAGAAAAUUGCACUUAUACACGGUCUUCCCCCUGGGGCGAUGCUGUCAGCUGCGUCGCUCAAACUCACGAAAGCGGCCCGCAGAUGGUUUGAUUUAACCACAGGCUCAAUCAAUGAGUCGUGGUCCGACUUCAGGUCAGCAGUGAUUCGUCGUUUCAAGAGACAAAUCUUAUAUACCGCUGUUAUCAGAAAGGCGGAUGAACGAAGAUGGAUCUUCUCGAAAGAAUCAUUCCAGGACUAUGCAAUGGAUAAAAUAGCCAUUUUGCAAUGUCUCAAGCUGGAUGAUGAAAAGGUCAUCCACUGUCUCAUAGAUGGCAUUGGCAGCCUGGCCAUCAGAACUUGUGCAGCGUCAAUCAAAGCAGAUUCGAUUGACGACUUCCUGCAACAGAUGCAUCACAUUACGAUGACGACUUCAGCGUCAAGGAAAUCUCCGGUAUUCAGCCGUAAAGACGACAACCGCAGAUCCAAGGAUGAAGCUGCAGCUAAGCCUGAUCAUCAAGAAAAAACUUCCAGUGAGCUCUUCUGCGUGUAUUGCCGCAGUAAAGGCCACACAAAAGACUCCUGUUAUAAACUCAAGAAGAAGGAUGCUUCCCCCAAACCUGCCGCGUCGAAGCCACCGCCUCUCAUCGCCGCAGUCAUCGAGACUCCAACCCAGGAAGCAGUCGCCCCGCAUGGCGCCAACACCAUCGCUUUCGUGGAAGCCCCGCGAAACCGAUUGAUCACCGACACAGCCGUCGUAAAGGUAAAAGAGUUGAACAAUUACUCUUGCAACCUUAGGGCUCUCCUCGAUACAGGAAGCCCAACUUCGUUUAUAAAUGUAAACGCGUUCGAAAAAUUUUUUCCGCGAGCUCAUUUUACGGUUUCAACUGUUCCGUCGCUUAGAGCCAUUAAUGGGUCCCCUAUAAAAAUUCGAAACAUUGUCGACGCUACGAUUAAGUUAGAAGCGUUACCAACUUUUACGGCUUUGAUUCGUCUCCAUGUCUUGGACGAAUCUAUAACGUCCUCAGACAUUAUCGUUGGUCGAGAUUUUAUAGAAUCAAAUAAUUUGUCUAUCACUCUUGAACCUACUAAAAUCGCCGUAAAACCUGCAAACGCAAACCUGGAUAAUAAGCUUGACUUGCUCACGGAAGUCGCGUCCGUUGACAUAAUAGAAGUCACUGACAGAAUAGAUAACCUCGCCAGCGAUAUUGUCAUCGAUUUUGACGUUUCAGCGAAAGCACAAUUAGUAGACGUCAUUAAGGAAGUCGAAAUUUCCGAGGUUCCGCUGAUCGAAGACGAUCAUGCUGUAAAGAUUAACUUAAAAGACGAAUCUGUUUAUGCGGUCUCCCCGAGGCGUUUUGCGUGGUCAGAAAGACUACAGAUUCGCGAAAUAAUAGAUGAUCUCUUACAAAGAAAAAUAAUAAGAGAAAGUGACUCGCCAUACUAUUCUCGCAUUGUCCCUGUAAGGAAAAAAAAUGGUAGCUUACGUCUCUGCGUGGACCUGCGACCUCUCAAUGAAAGGGUCGUUAAAAGAAAAUUUCCAUUUCCUCUCAUCGAAGAUUGCCUGUCUAGAUUGGGCGAUAAAUCGGUUUUUUCAUUACUAGAUUUGAAAGAUGGAUUUUAUCAGCUAAAGGUCCAUCCAGAUUACACUAAAUUCUUUUCGUUUGCCACUCCAGACGGGCAGUACGAAUACUUGCGCCUUCCUUUCGGAUUUUGCGAGGCUCCAGCCGAAUUUCAAAAACGACUUUUGUUUAUUUUACGGUCUUUCAUUAAAGAGGAUAAAAUCUUAGUUUAUUUAGAUGAUAUAUUUAUUCCAUCGUCUUCUGUCCAAGAAAAUUUAGAUGUCCUCAAGCAAGUUUUGCUGACAUUAAAAAGCUACG